AUGACAGAAGCCUUCCUCACCUUGGACUGGCAAUACCAUGAUACUGGGAAGACACCCGUGGAUCCAGAAGUGACGAUUUACCACAUUCGAAUCCCUCUAACCAGCCGCAAUGUCAAGUCCCUGGAGAAGGUGUGUGCUGACUUGAUCAGAGGCACAAAGGAAAAGAAUCUCACAGUGAAAGGGCCAGUCCGGAUACUGACCAAGACUCUGAGAAUUACUACAAGGAAAACUCCCUGUGGGGAGGGUUCUAACACUUGGGAUCGGUUUCAGAUGAGGAUCCACAAGCAACUCAUUGACUUGCACAGCCCUUCUGAGGUUGUUAAGCAGAUUACUUCCAUCAGUAUUGAGCCAGGAGUGGAGAUUGAAGUCACCAUUGCAGAUGCUUAAAUCAGCCUUUUUAAU